AUGGGGGCUGGAAUGGGGACGCCGCCCACGAGCAAAAAGAGACAGCACAGCACCAGCUCUCCGGCACCGAGACUGUCCAAUGCUGCCAAAGCGGCCGAGAAUGACGAGGCCGAGGACGGUGAGGACAGUGACGGCGUGGUGGAAUUGCCAAGGAAACGAGCAAAACAGGAGCGUCAAGACGAAUACGCCCUCCCGGAUCAACGAAAGGCUGUAAUGAAGGAGAACGAUGCCGUAAGCCUGACAUGCGACUUUUGCAAAAGCCUGGCGCUCGGCACAGACAACGACAUCCCGCCGUGCAAUCGGCAAAUCAUCGAUGGCUGGGUCUUUGAAUGCACCACGUGUGCGAACCACAGACUCGAGUCGGGAGACCUCGAUCAUAAAUGUUUCCGUGCGAAGCAGCAUGCGGACCUCGAGGUCUUCAAGCGCUACUCCGACUACCACGGCGUCAACUUUCCCCGGCACGUCGUCUGCGAGGGGUGCAAAAACAACAAAAAGCCAAGGGACGGCCGCUGCGAUGUCGACCCGUACCUGCAGCUGCGAUGCUCAUGCUGCAUGGGGAGCAAGAACAGCGAGUCGAGGCUCUGCCUGGUCAAGGCCACGACGGGCGACGCCGCCGACCUGGGCUGGGGCUUCGACGUGGCCAGACAGAUGGGACCGAAGCCGACUCUUCAGAGGGGCAGACAGAGGUGGUUUCGACGCGAGUGCGAUAUUUGCAAGAGCAGGCCCGACAAAGACAGGGCAGGCUGCAGCUGGCUGGACUCGCGCGAGACGGGAGAGCCCGGUGAUGCUCGCGAGCCCUGCCUCCAGUGCCGGCAGGACAACAUGUCCUGCUUCGACGGCGGCAUGCUGGUCGGCCACCCCGACAACCUGGAGGUGCCUACCGAGUGGUCAACCAGGGGCGAUCUGGGCGGCGGAUGGGUGGAAUUGAGAGGCGACAAGGACAUCGUCACGAGGCCGCAGUGCAGACAAUGCUACGCCCACAAACGCCACUGCCGGGCGUCGGCAAAGCACGCCGAGUACGCCUGCAACUGGUGCUGGCAGACGGGCAUGGUGUGCCAGGACUUGAGGGACGACGACAAGAUCUACCCGCUCUUCGACCUCAGCAGGGUUGGCAUUGGCAACUUCUGCCCCUUUGCGCGCUGCCGUCGAUGCGAGGCCACGGGCAGAAACUGCGAUCGCCAACGACCCUGCGAUUCCUGCUUCUUCAACCGCGAAGGGGACAUGUGCGACACGUGGCGUAUGGGAGCCCCCGGCACAUUGAACUGCUUGAAGCGCAGGAUCAACCUGGGCGACAAGAUGAUGCUGAGGCCGGGCCCCUUGUACUACUUGAGCAUGGGCUACGGCCCGGCGGGCGUCGAUGACGAGAAGGACGGGACGCAGAUCGAGCACUACAUCGGCCCCCCGUUUGCGCGUUACGCCUUCAAAACCGUCGCCGACAGACCGGGCGAGACUCUCAAGCAGAACAAGCAGGUUGUCGUGGCGGAAAUACAGAAAAUGAGGGCGGCAUUGGCCGCUCACGGCGCGCCUCCUAAUGGAGCUCCCGGAGGCGAACUCCAUGGCCUCAAUGUGAAUGACAUCACGGUUGACCAGCUCAGGACAUGGAUGACGAGGCGCUGGCCAGACUGGACCAGGCAAUGCGACAGAAGAAACUAUGAGAAUCACAAGGCCUUCGAAAUCGUCUCCAAAGGCUACGUGAGCUCGCGGUACAUGGAGGUUUGUAGAACAGAAGCAGAAACAAACAUGCUCGUGGAGGACGAGUUGGAGUUGGACGAGGGGGACGAGGAACUCCAGCUUGCUCCAGCUCCGGCGCCGGCUCCGGAUCCAGCUCCAGCUCCAGCGCCGGUCCUCGACAAUCCCGCUCGUGGUAGUCGAUCCGGAAAUGGAGACGCAGUCGCUGUCGUCCUCAACACGGCUCCCAAUGUAGCCAACAAUUUUGCGCCGACGUCGAUGCUCUCGCGGCGGGAAAAAGGCUGGUGGAAUGAGAAUCCCGAUCUCCCCAUGAUACCCGGCGACCUGUUCACAAGAGCAGUCCCUCUUACCUUGUUCGACCCGGGAGACUGCGCUAACUUUCAGUUGCGCCGCUGGGCAAAACUGCUCAGCCCAAGUAUGGCACCUUCCGAGCAAGCCUUGAUUGAAAAGUGUUGGCGAAACCGAAAGGGCACGACGGAAUUCGGCUUGUUCAGUAUCAUGUAUGGUUCUCACGUCCGGCACUCCCCCGUCAAUCCAGUCUUGCGCGGCAUUUCUUGGAGCUCGGACAACGUGGAAUUCCAGAACCUCCCGUGCAUAGAGCAGAUGCACGCAUGCAGCGGCUUGGUCUCGACAGUUUGUCAAGACGCUGAGCACAACAAACCCCACCAGGCGGUUUGCGAGCCUUGCGGAAUAAGCAGCAGUCGUCGCUUGGUCGAGGACGGAGACGGGUUCACCAGACUGGACAUCGUAGCCAUGCGUGCCUACUUUUGCACUUCUUGCCACAGUCGGCUCAUCGGGGGCCCGCGAUCCCUCAGUGAGAUGUACUUGCUCGGGGCGAAGAGCGUCUGGGGCUGCCGGUUCGCAAAUAACACGACGAUCGACGGAAUUGUAUCCGUCAACGGCCGAGAAAUGGGACUGUAUCCGUUUUCAUACCCCGUUACCGGAUGCACUUGCGGCGUCAACAUCUUCAAAUCACGCCUAUGUCAGGAGGAUCGGGUCAGGUACGCCCGCCACGCCCUGUUUCAAGCCGAGAAAAUGAGGCAAUGGCGAUCCAUGCAUGGCGAGGCAGGUCUGUGCCCAGGAUGUCUCAUACACAAGUCAAAGGAGAGGGCCACCGCUUCGCCAUCGUACAAGGAACUCUUCGCAGCGGAAAAGACGUCAACGGAAGAAACAGUUUCCUGGGCAUGUCUUGUAUGCGGCGGUUUGGUCCUCGACCAGCCAAAGAGAAGCACCAUAAUUGGUGGCUGGUUUGACUGGUUUCCCAUGAUGGCAGUGUCGGACUGGGGUCUUGAUCAAAACAUGUUAGGUUUUUGA